CUCCAGAAGAAAAGGAUGCAAUUAAAGGACAAUAUGAAAAGCUCACGGAUGCUUACGGCUGCUUAGGAGAGCUUCAGCUUAAAUGUGGUAACGCUCGGCUGCACUUCCUGGUCCUGGUGACAGGCUGUACGUCGGUUGGAAAAAUCCUGGACGCUGAAGUUUACAAAAUUACUGCAACAGAUUUCUGUCCUCUCCAGGAAGAAACCAAGGAAGAGGAGCGUGUUACUGCCUUGAAGAAAAUACUGAACUCUGGGAUGUUCUAUUUCUGCUGGCCUAAUGCAGGCUCAAACUUUGACUUGACUGUGCGGGCUCAGAAGCAGGGUGAUAACCACUAUGAAUCUGGUAACUCCUUCUUCUGGUUAGUAUUGCAUGUUAAACCAAAGUAUUCUGUCAUCCCUACCUGUAUCUUAUUGGUCAUAUUCCCUCUCAGAGGGAAAUGAACAUAUGCAUUUCAGGUACACCUCCUUGCAUUUCAUUGUCAUGUCAUUUUACAGUGCAUGGGGCCUUAGUGAAUUCAUGGCAAACCUGGGUCAAACAAGUAACUUCUGUUUAACUAAAAUUAAUCUGAUAGUGAAAUACAACUCUAAUAUUUUGUGUUUUUAAGAAGAAAACACAA